AUGGUCAAAGGUGCCUACAAACGCCGACAGAUCCUAUCUGAGGCCCGUUCGAAGUUGAACGCUGGGAAGUUUACAUCUGCUUCCUCUUAUUCUUCUUCCUCCUCUAAUUCUUCUGGUUCUUCUUCUGGUACUGCUUCUUCUUGUUCUUCCUCCUCUUUAGAAAAGUUCCGAAGCAUUGGUACGAAUACGGCGAUUACUUCUUGCGACGUCGGGACAAUGACGGAUAUCGAUGUGUCCACUCAAGACGCAGCAACGAUGACAUCAGCGAAUACGGUUUGCGUAACGACGAUGACAGAACCGUUUGGGGACGACGACGGAGCCGAACGUCAGCGCAAUACGGAAGGCGCAAAUGGUGACGAACUGCAGGUAUACACUUAA